CUCCUGCCCGCACCCUCGGGGCCUCCAGAGCCCCGCUGGUGGCCGCGAUAGUGAAGGGACCUCCUCCGCCACCACCGCCGCCCCAGCCCCUGCUCAGCUCUCCACUGGCCCCGCCAACUGGGUGGGGGAGUCAUAUCUGGGGAAGGAGAAGCUGGGGCUUUGACCCGGGGGCUGUGCUUCCCCCCUCGGGUGGGACUCCAGUCCCCUGCCUCCCCAAGGUGCUCCUGCCCCAGCUCAUGACAGCAGAGCCCGCGGAGUCAUGGCCUCAAGACUCCUUCUGGUGCUCGCCCUCUGUGUGGGCUGCUCACCCUGCAUCGGGAGAGAAGCAGCCCCCACCCAGCCCAGGGUGCGGUGCCGGGCCUCUAGGUACCCAAUCGCCGUGGACUGCAUCUGGACCCUGCCGGCCUCUCCGCUCCCCACCAGGCCCACUUCCUUCAUUGCCACGUACAGGCUGGGCGUGGCUGCCCACGGGGAGAGCCGGCCCUGCCUCCAGCUGACACCAGAGGCCACCAGCUGCACCAUCCCAGACGUCCAGAUGUUUUCCAUGGUGCCAUACAUACUCAACGUCACGGCUGUGCAGCCCCGGGGCACCAGCAGCAGCUUCGUGCCCUUUGUUCCGGAACACAUCAUCAAACCGGACCCUCCAGAAGGCGUCCGCCUGAGCCCCAUCCCUGGGCAGCGGCUGUGGGUGCAGUGGGAACCCCCCCGGUCCUGGCCCUUCCCGGAGACCUUCUCACUCAAGUACUGGAUCCGAUACAAGCAUCACAGAUCUGCCCGCUUCCGCCAGGUGGGGCCCAUUGAAGCCACAUCCUUCACCCUCAGGGCUUUGAGGCCCCAGGCCAAGUACUGCAUCCAGGUGGCCGCUCAGGACCUCACCGACUAUGGGGAAGUGAGUGAUUGGAGUCUCCCUGCCACUGCCUCCAUGAUCUUGGACAAGUAGCAGGGCUUUCUAGGACCCCCAGAGGAGGGGUUGGGUCCUUGACAUCCAACCCUCCCCCUUCCCCACUGCCGCGGAUGGGACCCAACUGGCCUGGAUCCGCUGCUGCUGAGUUGCUGGGCCACUGUGGACAAAUCACUUUGCGCCCCCCCCCUGAGCCUCAGUUUGUCAAUCUGUGAAAUGGGGAUGUACUUCUUUCUUAGACCCCAGUACAGG